AUGAGAUGUAGAGAAUGUGAAUGCUCGAUUGAGCUGGCCUGUCCCUCUCGUCCCGGGGCUCGCGCUUUCCGAGCUCCGCGCCGCUUGCCUGAGCGUCUCUCCGCAGCCGCUUCCGCUUCGAUCAAAGGGAAUGCCUAUCGGGCCCGGCCUCGUCUCCCUACCCUCGAAGGGGCGUGUAGUGGAUGCCCGAAAGCAUCGAACCCAGGUUCUCUCGCUGAACGAACGCCAUGGCUCCGCAGCGGCGAGCGGGUGCCAGAAUGCCGGAGAGUGCUGGGGCUGGAGCUGGGGCUGGAGCGGAGGCGAGCGGGUGCCAGAAUGCCGGAGAGUGGAGCUGGGGUUGGGGCUGGAGCUGAGGCUCAGCAGCAGCGCCGCCGCCGCCGCCGCCGCCCCAGCAGUGUUACAAAAAGUGGCGUUCCAAAAGAUUCUCGGCGGAAGUGGCUGAAAGUGGCAUUUUUUCUCUCAUCUGCCAUGCUGGCUUACCUCCUGAGUGGAAGUUAUUUGCUCAGUGAAGAUGGAGUUACAGAAGUAUUGGCCCGUUACAGUGAGGUCGUGUCAGACAAGUUCAUUGAGAUACCGUGCUCGGAGGACUAUGAUAGCCACAAACGUUUUGAAGGUUGCACCCCUCGGAAGUGUGGAAGGGGGGUUACAGAUGCCCUAAUCAACAGAGAGGAAGCUGAGAGAAUCCGUAGAAUAGCAGAGAGGGGACUAUCCCUUGGAGGAUCGGAUGGAGGGGCUUCCAUUCUGGACUUACACUCUGGAGCUCUUUCUUUGGGGAAGCAUUUUGUCAACAUGUACAGAUACUUUGGUGAUAAAAUCCAUGAUAUAUUUACAGAAGAGGAUUUUCAGUUAUACCGGGAUGUGAGGCAGAGAAUUCAACAAAAAAUAGCUCUUGUGUUCGGUAUCAGCUCCUCUUCCAUGCAUUUGACAAAGCCAACCUUUUUCUCCAGAAUUAACAACUCCGAAGCCAAGACAACCCACGAUGAAUAUUGGCACCCACAUAUUGACAAGGUGACCUAUGGCUCCUUUGACUACACAUCAUUGCUUUACCUUUCUGACUACUCAGAAGACUUUGGUGGUGGUCGGUUUGUCUUUAUGGAUGAAGGUGCAAAUAGGACUGUAGAACCUCGAGCAGGUCGAGUUUCUUUCUUCACAUCAGGCUCUGAGAACCUCCAUCAUGUGGAAAAAGUCCACUGGGGCACCCGUUAUGCCAUCACCAUUUCCUUCACCUGCAAUCCGGACCAUGGCAUCGGGGAUCCUGUUUUGACAUAAUAGAUGGCUGAGAUGGAUUGACAGAGAGGCCCUGUGCAGGAGAGAGGAAUGGACAAGUUUUAAUUUCCUAUGUAAAUUCUACUGCAUUGAUUCUUCUUACAUUGGUUUAAUGUAAAUGUGAAUGGUCUCCAUGCAUUCGUCUUCUUCAUUAAGUGUUGCAAACAGUGCCUUAAGGACCAUCUUUCUAAGUCUCCUGUAAUGAUAUGGUUGCUUUUGUAAGGCAAUUGUAAACAAUGGUUUUGUUUCUUCUUCCCACCAUUUAAGGAAACAUCAGAAAUCAGGGGCUACAGAACAUGCCAUAGACACUGCUGUUCAUCUAAGGGUGGAGACAGCAUUUUCUCUGCUACAAAUAGUCCCUUUUCAACACUGUUUGGGUUGCCGUGUAAAACAAACUGUGAGCAAAUGAAUACUCAGGAAUAUGUUGUGAAAGGGUGGGUCUUUGUCCCAACCAUGCCAUGUCUUUUAACCAUCAUGCCAGCUUUCCCCUGUAAAGAUAUACGUUCUGGAAAAUAAGCAGGAUAAAUGGCAACCAGUUUUCAGACUUGAGCAUUUGCCCAUUUUAUACAACCCCAAGCAUCUUGUUUCAUACUAGAACACACAACUAUCUUUGAGGCUAUUAUCCAUGUAUGUUUUCUUUUCUUUUUUAAAAUCCCUUCCUAAUUCUAACAUACUUCUCCAUGAAAAUGGAAUAUGGGCUUUCACUAGGGGAAUGUUGUGUUUUGUUGUUUCCAGCAGCUGUGAUUGAACUGAGGGAGGGAUCUAUUGAUUGAACAGGAGGAGAGUGCUCAGGAUGAAACUACUGCACUGAACGUAAUUUGCGUGAGAAAGGAUCAAUAUGUGUUCCUUAUAAUGGUAGGAAUUCUUUCUCCUCUGUUCUGAUUUCAUUUUGUUUAGUCUUAGGCACCCUAAAGCUCAGGAUAAUCUGUAUAUUAGGAAUCGAUCCAAGCUUGCUUGGAAGGAACUUUUUAACAUGGAUGUACAAGUUAAGCAACCCACCAAAAUAAUUCUGAAAUAAUCUUCAAGAGGUUCGUGGGACCCUGAUAAUAAUGAGCCAUCUUUUUGCAGAGUGCAAGUGAAAUUGGUAGAACUUAGUAAGACUGACAAAAAAAUUGGGAUGCAGUCAAAAAGUUUAAAAUAACAAAGAAAGGAAUGGUCAUGUGACACCUUUUAAGACCAACAGAUAUAUCUCAAGAUGAGCUUUUGUGGAUUACAAUUGACUUUUUAAGAUCUGCAUGGAAUAUAGUAUGGAAGUCACAAGUUUAAAUGUACAGUGGUCAUGGUGAUGGAGUUACGAUCAGAGUGAAAUGGGAUACAGAAAAUUACAAUUCUAUUAGAAACACUGGUCAUAAACUUUGAAAAGGCUGGUUAAUGUAAACCUAUAUGCUAGGAUCUAAGCUGCUAAUUGCCCCUUGAACUCUUAAAGUAAUGACUAAUGUUUCUGAGAGGAUGUUUGUGUGGGCCGAAGUCCAAGUGUGACCUGCUACUUCUUAAAAUCUUCUCUGAAAACAGUAUUUUUGCAAUAUGUAGAACUACUAUAAAAACCAGUCUAGAAAGUAGUACUAAAUACCUGUGUACUAAGAAGCCUUUGUUUUGAUUCAAGCUUUUGUUCACAAAAGCUCAUGCAAGAAUAAGAUGUUAGUCUUAAAAGCAGCAAAAGACUUCUUCCUUUCUUUUGCCACAGAAGGAGAUAAACGUGGUUGGGUCUUCAAAAAUAAAAGGCUUGCUUUCUCAAGAUCCUACUGUGGUUAUUAUGAAAAUGUAAAUAUUUCAAGGAGCCUUGUUUUAGAUACAUCAAAAAGUGUAGGCAUUAAUUCUCUAAUAAUUCUCUAGCUCAAAAUUCUAGUUUUGUUCACAUGUAAGAAGACCUUGUUCUUUAAGGUGUGCAGGAAAAGAUUAUUCAUUGGGCGCCCUAGAGAAUAAAAACUUGGUACACCACCCAA